UUCAUUCACAAUUUUGCAAGUUUUGAGAAUUUCGAAAGUUUCACGAUUUCAUCUUGGUUCUAUUGUUAAAUCGAAAUUGUUUCAGAAGUAAUAAUGUCAGUUUUUGUGUAUUAGGUUACUUUCAACUUGUUUGAAACAUUACACCGGACUCUGAAGGACUACUCCAUCUUUACCAAAUAGUAUUCACCUUUGAUCAAAAUGAACGCCGAUGGAAUAUCGAAAACGAGACGGUAUUCUUACCUGAAAAAGAUAUUAGAACGAGCCGGUCCAUUCUGUCACCCGGAAUUCGAACCUAGUCCAGAAAUCUUCAACUUCAUAUCAAACUCGUGUAAAAUCUUAGUCAUCGGUGCCGGUGGUUUGGGUUGUGAACUUUUGAAAAACCUAGGAAUGAUGGGCUUCCGAGACAUUCACGUUAUCGAUAUGGAUACCAUCGAUUUAUCAAAUCUAAACCGUCAAUUUUUAUUCAGACGAAAAGAUAUUGGGAAACCGAAAGCCGAAGUAGCGGCGAGUUUCAUUAAUAAGAGAAUCCCUGGCUGCAAUGUUGUGGCACAUUAUUGCAAAAUACAAGAUUUCGACGAAGAUUUCUACAGGCAGUUUAAUUUAGUCAUCUGCGGUUUAGAUUCGAUCGUUGCUAGAAGAUGGAUUAAUGGCAUGUUGAUAUCUAUGCUGAGUUACGAUGAUAACGGUGAACUUGAUCAAAGCACGUUGAUUCCAAUCAUCGACGGAGGUACCGAAGGGUUUAAAGGAAACGCUAGGAUUAUUUUACCCGGUAUUACUGCUUGUAUAGAAUGUACGCUGGAUUUAUUUCCUCCGCAGAUAGUGUAUCCUCUGUGUACGAUUGCAAGUACUCCACGAUUACCAGAACAUUGCAUAGAAUAUGUUCGAAUACUCCAGUGGCCCAAAGAGAAACCGUUUGAGGGUGCUAUCGAUGGAGAUGAUCCGACUCACGUGAACUGGAUUUAUGAAAAAGCUCAAGAACGAGCUUCUCAAUUCGGUAUUCACGGUGUCACUUACCGACUAGUGCAGGGUGUUGUUAAACACAUUAUCCCCGCUGUAGCUUCUACGAAUGCUGUGAUCGCCGCUGUCUGCGUUACAGAAGCUUUCAAACUAGCUACUAGUUGCUGUUCCACUUUAAAUAAUUACAUGGUUUUCAACGAUGUCGAUGGAGUUUACACGUACUCUUACGAAGCAGAACGAAAAGACGACUGUUUAGUUUGCAGUCCUGCAUCGAGACCGAAAUACGUAGACGUAUCACACGAUGGAAUAAAACUAAACGAAUUCAUCGAAUUACUGAGCACCGGUCAAUAUCAAAUGAAAAGUCCUGGUAUUGUUACCGAAUUCGAAGGUAAAAAUCGCACGUUGUACAUGUCAACUGUGCCAAGCAUCGAAGAACGUACUAGAGAUAAUUUAAAGAAAACGCUCAAAGAACUCAAUUUGAUCAAUGGAUCGAAAUUAUUGAUAACCGAUCCUACUAAUCCUGUUACUCUGGAAGUUAUCCUAAGAUUCGCUGAAAUCAACGAUUAAUUACAUCAUCGUACGCGCGUUUCAUCGCAUUUAAUCGAACUCAGUGAUGAAGUAUUCCAUUGUGAUUUUUAUUCUAAUAUUAAUUGAUCUGUAUACCUAAGUGAAAAAUUUGUCUAUUUCUACGUAAUAAAAAUAACUCGGUUUCAAUUGUUAAAAAA